AACUUGGUCCUUCGAGCCAGAUUCCAACAUAUCCAGAGUUUCCAGUGGACACGGAGGAUUCCAGGGAAGACUGUGCACAGCGGACCCCUAGGCGGGCUCCUAAGAUCCUUUUGAGAGGAACUGGAUUUCCUCCUCGUCGGCUGGAAGCCGAGGAUUGACGGAAUCUGGAGGAGUUAGACGAAAGGCUGAGGACAGCGGAGUCCUGUCGCUGACUUAAAUUCCUUCUUUGCAGCAGCAGCAGCAGCAGGAUGGAGGUUCUGGCGGUUCUGAGGGUUUUGCUGGUUGUGGUUCUGCUGCUGGUUUCUGUGGAGCGUUCUGAGUGUGUGCGGUGUUUUGCACGUUUCAGCCUGAUCCUGGGUCAGUGUGACGAAGAGCUCGGUGAGGUGGAUGAAGACGACUGCUGUCAGAACCCUCAGUACGGUUACCGGGCAGCAGACGGAGUGUGUCAGUCCUGUGGUCCUCCGCUGUGGUCUCCCUGGUCACCGUGGUCACCGUGUAACGUCCUGUGUGGGGAAGGAGUGACGCAGAGAAGCAGGACGUGUUUCGGCGUCGGCCAAUCAGAAUGUCAGAACGCUGAAGAGAAGCUGGAGAUGGUACCGUGCAGCGGCACCUGCUGCGACGCAAAGGGGUGGGGCUUGUGGCUCCCCUGGUCGCCCUGCUCAGUGACCUGUGGAGGAGGCGGAGUCAGGAAGAGAGAGAGAGUCUGCUCCAGUCCUCCUGAGUGCCGCUUGGCCUGCAGUGGUCCUUCAGAGGAGACCGAGGAGUGUCCAACACACACCACCUGUCCAGUUCAUGGUGGUUGGUCCAGUUGGUCUGGUUGGUCUCAGUGUUCUGGUUGGUGUAUCAAUGACCAGCGUGGUGAUGUCAUCAUCCCAUCCAAAGUGCGACAUCGUUACUGCACUAACCCCGUCCCUUCCAAUGACACGGUGCCACCUGGCAACAGUUGCCCUGGAGACAACAUCCAGGCCCAGGACUGCAGCGAACUCCCCAACUGUCCAGUGGACGGCAGCUGGGGGGCGUGGUCUCCGCCCGGGCCGUGCUCCGUCUCCUGUGGGGAGGGGCUUCGGCUGUCAUUCAGGAUGUGUGAUAGCCCCUCCCCUAAAUAUGGCGGACGAAUUUGUGAUGGAUUGAGCACACAGAGCAGCGCCUGUCAGAGUCCCUGUCCUGUCAACGGGUUCUGGUCCGGCUGGUCCAGCUGGGGUGAGUGUUCUUCCUCCUGUAUCCCACAAGGCCAAGCUUCCAUCAGGACUCGCCACCGCUCCUGUUCUAACCCCGCCCCUUCAUCCAGCCCGCCCGGCGCAAGUUGUCAGGGUAACGACAGAGACACAGAGAACUGCAACCACGUGCCUCACUGCCCAGUGGACGGAAGUUGGGGGUCUUGGUCUCCCCUCUCUUCCUGUCCUGUCACCUGUGGGGUGGGGCUUCAGGUGUCUACCAGGAGAUGUGACAGCCCCGCCCCCAAACAUGGCGGCCAGCCAUGUCCUGGAGAGGGACGUCGAACCAGCAUCUGUAAGACCAACGUCCACUGUCCAGUGGACGGGAUGUGGUCAGAGUGGUCGCCGUGGAAUCAGUGUAAAUACCCGUUCGGUGGGCGGGACAUCCGCUGCAAGGAGCUGGGCGGCAGUCAGACUCGAGAGCGCCAGUGUCUUCAUCGAGCUCACAACGGAUCCAUCUGCAGCGGAGACACGCUGACGGACAGACGGGUCUGCUAUGAUGUCAGCAACUGUUACCUGAAAGGCAGCUGGGACGGCUGGGAGCCGUGGAGUCUGUGUAAGCCGUCCUGUGGAGAAAAGUCCAAGCGCUUCAGGAGGAGACGCUGUGAACCUGAUUACAGCAAGUACAGCCCUACCAUUGGUCGGCUGAAGGAGCCGGCGACGUUCUUCGGGAUUCCACGUGCCGACUGCGUCUUGCCGCCGGACGGCGGGGAGAAGCUUCAGAUCCAGCCCUGCCUCAACGCCCCCGCCUGCCCCUAACAGGAGUUUAACGACAGUUUUAUCUGCUUCAUUUACAGUCGGCUAGUUUAGGCCAGUGGUUCCCAACCCAGGGGUCCGGCCCCUCCAAAGGUCACCAGAUAAACCCGAGGGGCCGUGAGAUUAUUAACGGGAACUCUGUCUUCAGUUUUCUCUAAUCUUUGAUUUUUAGUGAAAUAUCGAUCAUUUGAACAGAAAUGUCUCUCUGGAGGAACUGAUGACGAUGAGGAGACAGAAAGGUUGAGAACCACUGGCUUAUUUUUUACAGUGUGUUGCAUUUUAUAAACAGUUUUUAAUGUAAAAUGUUAAUCUGAAAGGUAACUGCAGCUGCCAGAUACAUGCAGUGCAGUGACACCUCCCUCUGAGACGCGGUGGUGCUGUAGUUAAAUGUGCAAACGAGUAAAUGUCCUGUUACUUUCCACCACCGUUGAAAUCAGAGAGGACAGACACUCGCCACUGAACAACAUCAGCGCUCAUCGGUCAAAGUUCUGCUGAUGAAAAACAAAAAGCGUUCACUGCUGUUAUCGCUCGCCUCAUUAAUACCAGAACUGCAGCCUGCUCGGUUGGUCGUCACCAUAGAAACCCCGACAAACAGCAAACAGCAGCUUUUAUCUUCGGCUGACCUGGUUGCAGUUUGUGUGUCUCACCGUUUGUCCCUCUGAUAGACUCGGAUAUAAAUGUGUUGUACUGCUCUGUUCUUGACUAUUAAACUUGUGUAUUGUC